GCUGACGCAUGCGCGGUUGCUGAGCGCUGACCUUCAGCCGUAUCCGCCCGGGAAGGAGUCACCAUGUUCGCCAGGAGUGGUGCUUUGCUGUUUGAACCCCAAUGGGGUCAAGUUCGAAACAUGGCAACCCUGAAGGACAUUACCAGGCGCUUGAAGUCCAUCAAAAAUAUCCAAAAGAUUACCCAAUCCAUGAAAAUGGUGGCUGCGGCAAAAUAUGCUAGAGCAGAGCGAGAACUGAAACCAGCAAGAGUUUAUGGAACAGGAGCUCUUGCUCUGUAUGAAAAAGCAGAAAUUCAAGCACCUGAAGACCAAGCCAGACACUUGAUCAUUGGGGUGUCUUCUGAUCGUGGUCUUUGUGGUGGUAUCCAUAGUAAUGUUGCUAAGAACAUGAGAAAUCAAAUAGAGGAGUUGACUGCUGCAGGGAAAGAGGUUAAGAUUGUUCCCAUUGGUGAGAAGCUGAGAGCACUGCUAUACAGAAAACAUGGAAGUCAAAUGCUGGUGAUGUUCAAAGAAGUGGGCCGGAAACCACCAACAUUUGGUGAUGCUUCAGUUAUUGCAUCUGAGCUCUUGAACUCUGGCUUUGAGUUUGAAAAAGGUUCUAUUAUAUUCAACAGGUUUAAGUCUGUGAUUUCUUACAAGACUGAGGAGAAGCCAGUCUUCUCUUUUGAGACUCUUACAAAUGCUGAGAACAUUAGUGUUUACGAUGAUAUUGAUGCAGAUGUUCUACGAAACUAUCAGGAGUUCUCUCUAGCAAACAUCAUCUACUUGAGCUUAAAGGAAUCCAGUACAAGCGAGCAGAGUGCUAGGAUGACUGCUAUGGAUAGUGCCAGCAAGAAUGCCUCGGAAAUUAUUGACAAGCUGACUUUGACAUUCAAUCGCACUCGCCAAGCUGUCAUUACCAAGGAGCUUAUUGAGAUUAUCUCCGGUGCUGCUGCUCUAUAAACAUGGGCCUCUAGAAAGCCAGUGGCAAUGUGAAAAUGUUCGGUGAUGCUGAUGGACAAUAUUUCUGGCAAAUUCAUGGAAACCUUCUGAAGUUUGUAAAUUAUAACAAUAAAAAACCUUACACAGUAAA